GGGCAAUCCAAAUUUCUCCCACUUUUUGUGUGCAGAGCUACGCACCUACCUUGCACCCCGACUUCCCAGACCUUAGCAACCGUCCACCAUCUGAGUCGACAUCUUUCACAAUGGCCAAGUCCAAGAACUCGUCUCAGCACAACCAGUCGCGCAAGGCGCACCGGAACGGUAUCAAGAAGCCCAAGACUUCCAGAUACCCCUCCCUCAAGGGUACCGACCCCAAGUUCCGGAGAAACCACAGACAUGCUCUCCACGGCACCGCCAAGGCUCUUAAGGAGUUCAAGGAGGGCAAGCGGGAGACUGCUUAAUUUCCCUAUUUCAGCGCGCACGGUUAGGGACGACCAUCUUCGGGCAUGAUCAUUACGAAGGAAUUCUGCGGUUACUUGAUUCGCACCGCUAUUGGGCCGGCUUUUCGAGGUGUUAUCUAGGGCGUCAUUUUAUCUACCAA